GGCGGAACGGGGAGUAGCUCUUGUCCCCAGCCUAGAGUGGGCAAGGAUCGCAGUUUUAGUUUGAUCUGGGGGAGCCGCCCGGGUCUUAAUAGAGAAUCACGUCCCUACGAGACGACCGCCGGGCUGCAUCAGCCUGCCGCCUGCCCUGCGCUCCCCAGUAUGCAAUUUAUGGGGGAGCAUAGGGACUAGAAUAGAGAGGGAGAGCAACCAGAAGGAUUGGGGUGGAAGCCACAGUCCCCACCUGUCGACCGCCAGGAGGCGGUGGGUAGGGGGAGUGGCUUGUCCCGUUGGGCCCGCCCCCGGGUCCCAGAGCCCAGGGCACGCGACGAGAUAUAAGGCUGCCGGGAAACAAUGCGCCUGCAUCUCGCGCUCCCGCGCCUAUCCCGGUAGCGUCUGGGCCUCCGUGCACGAGCGAGGGAGGGAGGGAGAGAGGGAGCGCGACGGGGGCGCGCUCUUGAACGCGGGCCGCGCGCUCGGCGGCGCGCAUGUGCUUGUGUGCGGACUGCCGGGCUGCCCAAAGCCGGCCCGGAGCGGCUCCGCUCCUGGUAGCGGGCGGCCGGAACGAGGGAGCGGACAUGGACUUCGACUCGUACCAGCACUAUUUCUACGACUAUGACUGCGGGGAGGAUUUCUACCGCUCCACGGCGCCCAGCGAGGACAUCUGGAAGAAAUUCGAGCUGGUGCCGUCGCCCCCCACGUCGCCGCCCUGGGGCUCAGGUCCCGGCGUCGGGGACCCGGCCUCUGGAAUUGGUCCCCCGGAGCCGUGGCCCGGAGGGGGCGCCGGGGAUGAGGCAGAAUCCCGGGGCCACUCAAAAGCUUGGGGCAGGAACUACGCUUCCAUCAUCCGCCGAGACUGCAUGUGGAGCGGCUUCUCGGCCCGGGAACGGCUGGAGAGAGCGGUGAGCGACCGGCUCGCCACUGGUGCGCCCCGGGGGAACCCAUCCAAGGUGUCCGCCGCCCCGGACUGCGCUCCCAGCCUCGAAGUCGGCAACGCGGUGCCCGCUGCCCCCUGUCCGCUGGGCGAUCCCAAGACCCAGGCCUGCUCGGGGUCCGAGAGCUCUAGCGACUCGGAGGGUGAAGAAAUUGAUGUUGUGACAGUGGAGAAGAGACAGUCGCUGGGCGUACGGAAGCCGGUCACCAUCACGGUGCGAGCAGACCCAUUGGACCCCUGCAUGAAACACUUCCACAUCUCCAUCCAUCAGCAACAGCACAACUAUGCCGCCCGUUUCCCUCCAGAAAGCUGCUCCCAAGGUGGGGCUUCAGAGAGAGGUCCCCAAGAAGAGGCUCUGGAGAGAGAUGCUCCAGAGGAAAAGGAAGAUGAGGUACAUGAAGAAGUUGUGAGCCCCCUGCCAAUGGAAAGUGAGGCUCCCCAGUCCUGCCACCCCAGACCCGUCAGUUCUGACACUGAGGAUGUGACCAAGAGGAAGAACCACAACUUCCUGGAGCGCAAAAGGCGAAAUGACCUCCGUUCGAGGUUCUUGGCCCUGAGGGACCAGGUUCCCACCCUGGCCAGCUGCUCCAAGGCCCCCAAAGUGGUGAUCCUGAGCAAGGCCUUGGAAUACUUGCAAGCCCUGGUGGGGGCUGAAAAGAGGAUGGCUACAGAGAAAAGGCAGCUCCGAUGCCGGCAGCAGCAACUGCAGAAAAGAAUUGCUUUCCUCAGUGGCUACUAACUGACCAAAAAGCCUCACUGCUCUGUCUUACAAAAACCCAAGUUUAUUUCUUAACCUUUUCUCCCCCCGCUUAGUAAUUUGCACAUUUUGGUUACGGUGGGACAGUCUGGACAGUAGAUCCCAGGAUGCUUUGCAGCUGGUGCACACAAUAAGGGCUUGCAUUCUUGGAAACCUGGAACCCCAGCUCUCCCUCUUCCCUGACUCACGGGAGGGAACACUGCGUCUUCUGUGGCGCCUUCGGAUUCUCGGGCAGGCAGCUGACUGAGGAGCCCCGGGGUCAGCCUCGCUUACCAGCUCUGGAGAAAAGCCUGACAGAUGCUAUGCAACAGGUGGUGAACGUGGUUGGGGCCUCCAGCCUGCAUGAAACCUCACACUCCGGAUGCAAGUUAGGCUGGGAAAGGAUGCUCCCGCUGCCGUCUCUGGGGUGAUGCUAGGACAGCUGGGCCUGGACACGCUCCCCGAGGCUCCUUUUUCCAGGAGACACAUGAGCUGUCUUGGGUGAAGACAAGCUUGCAGACUUGAUCAACGUGGACCGUUACCUCACUGUCAGACACUUUACAGUACCUGAGGAGUUGUAAACCUUUAUAUAUACACAUAUAUAUUACAAUGUUAGAUGACCGCCCUGUUCCCCCUCUCAGUGCUGCAAACUUGACAACAUUUAAAGAGCUCGGCCUCCAGGUUCUUUGUCUCAUAGCCCCUUGAGCCUCGUCCUCUGAAGGAGAGACCAUUCUGUCCUCAUAAGGGACUUUUUUGUUUCCACAGGUCAGAAAUAUUUCCCUAAGACACAGGGAAAUGAGCCCCUAGCCUGGAGAUAGCUUGGAGUCCUGGCAGUGAACUUGUUCCCUAGCCAGGUGUCUUCCAUCUUGGAAUCUUCACAAGGCAGACGUCAGGCACCUCAGGGGUGAGACCUGUACCACUUCCUAGUCUCCAGCUGCCUCUCAUCUCAAUCCCUGACUGAUAAGUUUGAAGUUCUACUAGAGAUAUGCAAACCCGUCCUUUUCAUGCAAAUCCAAGGAGCUUGUUGUCUCUGCAGCCACCCUUGGGCCUCCUACCAGCCUGGCAUGAAUCCCUUUCCUAGAAUCUGAGACUUACUGAAGUUCUUACUGGGAGAGCUGCUGGGACUCAUCCAGCACUCCAGAAGGCGGCCUAGCUUCCUGGUGGGAGCUCUGCUUAGUGGACCAUGUUGGAUUUUGUCCCAGCUGGACUUGGCACCUCCAAGUGGAUUCCAGGUGCAGCCUCCAGUCUGUGAAAGGCACCCAACCCUACAGUGUCUUGUGGGCAACUUCAAGAGUCCUUAAGCCUAGUGUGGAAGAAGGACCAGCUCCCUCCAGAACUCUCCCCAGGACAGCAGGUGUCUGCUGGUUGUAGGUUGGAAAGUGGGGCAGGGAAGGAUGGUAGAAGGCUGUAUGUGGCUCUGGAAAACCACCUGCUACUUCCGAACCUAUUAUGCACGAUGGCAUGUUUCUGAGGUUGCUUCCUCAUGUCAGAGAACCCCAGUGGAAGUUUGGGGAAAGCCUCUGUACCUGUUGGAGCAUGGUGUUUGGAGCCAGCUGACUUCUGGAACCGUCUUUGGAGAGCGGGUGGGAAGCAGGUUUCUGAUGUCUCACCUGAACAGCUUGUCUUUUACAAGCUGCUGUUGGGUAUUAUGCUGGGAGCAGUCUUUUUUUUUUUAUACUGUAUUUUUGUAUGCCUUUUGCAAAGUGGUGGUGUUUUUCUACAAGAAAAAAAAUGCCUCGGGCAAUUCUGUUGCAAGAGUCUGAUUUAUUUUCAUCGGCAAGUUUACCUGAAGUUUUCUAUUUAGUUGUGAUUAUCGAUCCCCUGAUUUUAAAAUGUUGCCUUCUGGGACAUCUUCUAAUAAAAGAUUUCUCCAACA